AUGGCGCUUCCUACACAUUUUACACUGAAUACAGGGGCCAAAAUCCCAGCUGUGGGCUUCGGGACUUGGCAGGCUCCCCCAGGCCAAGUCGAGAAGGCCGUCGAGGCCGCUCUGAGAUGCGGCUACAAGCACAUUGACUGCGCAGCCAUCUACCGAAAUGAGGUCGAGGUCGGUGAGGGCAUUCGCAAAAGUGGUGUCCCCCGCUCCGAGAUUUUCAUGACCGGCAAGCUGUGGAAUACCAAGCAUGCUCCUGAGGAUGUCGAGGGUGCCUUGGAUAAGUCGCUAAAGGAUCUUGGCGUGGAAUACUUGGACCUCUACCUGAUGCAUUGGCCUGUAGCAUUCCAAUCUGGGGAUGACUGGUUUCCUAUUGAUUCCGAGGGACUGUUUGAGCUCGCAGACAUUGAUCCCGCUACAACGUACACGGCCAUGGAGAAGCUUCUCCAGACAGGCAAGGUCAAGGCAAUCGGCGUCUCGAACUUCAACAAAAACAGGCUAGACAACCUCAUCUCAAAAACCACCGUCGUGCCGGCGGUGAACCAAAUCGAGGUGCACCCUUACUUCCAGCAGCCCGAGUUCUUCAAGUACUGCCAAUCGAAGGGCAUCCAGGUCACGGCCUAUUCCCCCCUGGGCAACAAUCAGAUCGGCGAGCCUCGCACAGUCGAUGACCCGCUGGUCGCCGAGAUAGCAAAGAAGACGGGCCUCGACAUCGGCCAGGUUCUGUACUCAUGGGGUGUCCAGCGCGGCCAUGUGGUACUGCCCAAGAGUGUCACGCCGAGCCGCAUCGAGUCCAACCUGCAGGUGCACAAGCUGCCUGAGGAUGUCUUUGAGCAGCUCAAUGGCAUGGAGCGUAACAAGCGACUGCACUGGCAAUCGCAAUGGGGGUUCGACAUCUUUGAGGAGGUUGGCGAGGCGGAGGUGAAGAGAAUUGCACAGGAGGCUGGACCCGCGAACUUGAAAAAGUUUGGCAAAUGA